AUGUCUUUCGCUAAGUCUGUUGUUAACAGGGAUUACUGUUCUUGUCCAUUAUUUGCCUUCUCCCACCAUUUAUUGGUGUGGUGGGCGGCAGAGCGGGUUUAUCCGGGUCUCCGGUUCGAUCGAUAUGUAGUGCUUGGUGAUGAUGUUCUCAUCACUGAUCCUGAGGUAGCUCAGUAUCACAAGUCCUUAGUGUCUUCUUCUGGUGCAGCUGAGUUCGCAAAGCGUUUUCUCAUUAGGGAUAUGAGAGUUGAUCUCCCACCUAUCUCUAUGAAAGCGCUGCUUGGUUUCCACCACCCUUUUGGUCUAAUUGCCCUUAAGGAGAAGUCGUCUUUAUCGUACUCUCUCCUUAUGAGGGUUGGUGGUGCAGGGUAUCGGGUGUGGUCUCAAGGUAGGAAAGGAAGCCCCCUAACGUUUCUCGAUUGA